CAAGUGGGCUUAUCGGAUGGUGAGUGGCUAGCAUUAGUCUAUCAUUUGUUGACAUUUGUAGCUAUCCGUUGCUAUGACAACACGUGUCAAAACACUCAAAUCGGUAACGCGAAAAUUCCCAACUCGACAGAAUAAAGUAAAACUCCAAGAUGCCAGAGCUAAUCGAGCAGAUGUACUGCUCACAGCAGAUCGUGAUACCACCGAAGUUUCCCUACAUAUUGAAAAGAUAUUGCAAAGCGGCCAUAAAAACUCAGCCGUAUGAUCUCCUGCGAUGGUCUUUCGAGUAUUUCUCCGCGCUGUCACAAAACCGACCCCCGCCUGUCAAACUGAGGCUCGAGUACCCCAUAUACAGCACAGAGGGUGGUCUGACCAGGGGGUGCUUGAAGGUUUUAGCCAAUCAGUUGGCUAGAAUGACCGAGAUACCUCUGCCAGUGGUGCGCAGAGCCUGGCGCGGAUUCUGUCUGGAUCCUAACGAGCUGAAGAGGAUCUUCUGCCUCUGCGAAGUCUACAUGAGGGAAGAUAGUGUCCCUUUCUUACGUUUCAUCGCUGUAGCUGGGGGUUUAUUAACUAAGACCCUAACUCAUACGAUGAUACUGCUCUGCGAGAUGCUGACCAAGGAACCCGACGGAGGUUCAGCAGCCAUACCCGUUACAGACUUCCUCGCUAUGUACCAGUACUUGGCGCGCGUCGACGCCUCUAAGGACGUCAAAUACUUGAAUGGAUACAGAGAAGGUGAAACUCCAAAACCAGAAACCAUCGUAGAAGAGGAAACGCAGCCAGAAAUUGAAUUUGAAGAAGAACAAAAGCUUCACGAACUAAGCACGGCACAGGUAGCUACACAAGAAGCCGCACCCACUGGAAUGGUGGCCGGACGUCAAAUGUCAAUUACAAGCGGUGAGUUCAUUGUGGCGAACGUGGAGAGAGAGAUAAUGGACUACAUUGACGAUCAGAUAGCUGUCCUACCAGAUCCUGACUUGAAGAAGAAAAAGGCAAAACCCGAAGAGGUGCAGAUGAUAAAGGACCUACUUGAACAAUUCCUCGACGACAAUAUGGAUAUUAUUGUUCCUGAAGUGGAGGAGGUAGAAGAAGAGGAGGAAGCUAUACCGGAGAUUAUAGUGGUGUACGCAGUGCCUGGCAUUGGCCCCACAGUAGACAAUGACCUGGUCAAAGACUUCGAAGAGUAUGCGCUAGAAGUGAGCAAGAUACAGGCUGAUGUUGUGAUGCCGAGGAACAUACGACAUUUCCUUUGCCCGCCAUUGGAGAUGUAUGAGAGUGAAUUUAAAAAGGAAGAAGUUUCCACAGUUGACGUUGUUACCGAUUAACUUAAUUUCUCACCAGCUUUAAAAGAUCUUUAUUAGUUAAGGCAAUUCAAACUCUGAUAGGAUGUUUUUAAAACUCACAUUGCCGAGCUUCGAAUUGGCCUUUAUUCAUUUAUAUAGUGUCAUGUUACACUGAGAGUGAUACGAGACGAUUUGGAAAUUCACUAUGUUGAAUUAUAAAAACAUAUAUAUGAUUAUUAUAGCGCUCUUGAUUCUAUAACGUUAGAGAAUAGCACUCCUGAUUCUAAAACGUAAAGAAUAGUGGUCCUGAUUCUAACACGUUAUAGACUAGCGCUCCUUGUUCUAACACGUUAAAGAAUAGCACUUCGUAUUCUAAAGCGUAAAGAAUAGCGCUCUUGAUUCUAAAAGGUAAAGAAUAGUGGUCCUGAUUCUAACACGUUAUAGAAUAACGCUCCUGAUUCUAAAAUGUUAAAGAAUAACGCUCCUGUUUCUAAAACUUUAUAGAAAAGCGUUCCUGAUUCUAAAACGUAAAGAAUAGCGCUCCUCGUUCUAAAACGUUAUAGAAGAGCGCUCCUGACUCUAACACGUUAUAGAAUAGCGCUCCUGGUUCUAAAAAAUACAAUGAGUAUUACGCGUUGCGUUUUACUCAUUGUAUUUUUAAUUACAUUAUUUUAAUUAUAUAAUGAUUUUGCACGUUUGCACCAAUUAUAUAUAAGACCUACUCUAAAAUUAUAAAACCUCAAGUUUUAUAAAGUGAAACAGUGAGUGGUUUUAAAUUUCGAAUGCGGUUUAUAAACCAAACGAAAUAAGGCUUGAUAAUAAACACGGUUUAUAAAAUAAACCCUUAUUAUGUAACCUUUUUAUAAUCUAAUUAUUAAGAUAGACAUUUUGGUACUCGUAUCUAAAAAUUUUAACAUUAAUUAAAUAUUUUAAACUGUCAAGGGAGUCGCUCAUUACUACGAGCCACGUUGACAUUUCAAAACAUUACCUACUGGUAUUUUGUUAAAUUUAAUAAACAUUUUA